UUUUGAAUGAUGGGAGUAGGUAGCAACCGCCAGACUUGCCAUCUGCCAUUCCCCAACCGAAUAAAUCCACCUUGGCUCUUCCCAUAGACACCAUUAAAAACAGCUGAAUACUAUCAUAUUCCCUGACCCACUUCUCUUUACCUUCCAAUGGAAAACCAAACUCCCCAUAUAGCUCUUCUACCAAGUCCAGGCAUGGGCCACCUCAUCCCCUUCAUCCAACUCGCCAAACGCCUCCUCCACCACCACCACAUCUCCUCCACCAUCACCAUCCCCUCCUCCGGACCACCUUCGAAUACCCAAACUACCCUCCUCCAAUCCCUCCCCGAACCCAUCAGCCACAUCCUCCUACCACCAGUUCUAGACUUACCCAAGAACAUCAGCAACGAGUCCCGAAUCACCCUCACCGUAAUCCGCUCUCUCCCCUCCCUCAGGGGCACUUUGGACACUUUACUCCAAACCACCAGAUUGGCUGCUCUUGUUGUCGACCCAUUCUGCCUGUCUGCCUUCGACGUGGCUCGGGAACUUGGGGUCAAGCCCUACCUGUUUUUCACUGCGGGGGCCAUGACGCUGUCGUUUUGCCUUCUCUUGCCUAAACUUGAUAAGAUGGUGACGUGUGAAUAUAGAGAUUUAACUGACCCGUUUGUGCUCCCGGGUUGUGUUCCGGUUCACGGUCGGGAUCUCUUGGACCCGGUUCAGGACCGGUCCAGUGACGCGUACAAACGGGUGAAAGCUAACACGGAGCGGUUUGCUUCGGCAGAGGGAAUAAUUCUGAAUAGCUUUUUGGAUUUGGAAGAGGGAGCGAUAAAAGCAUUGGAAAAGGAGGAGCCGGGUAAGCCUCCGGUUUACUCGAUCGGACCGCUGGUUCAAACCGGUUCAAGUUACGAGUCAGAUCGACCCGAGUGUCUGAAGUGGUUAGAUAGUCAACCGGACGGGUCAGUUUUAUUCAUCUCGUUUGGAAGUGGUGGCACACUUUCUCAUGCUCAGAUUAAUGAGCUUGCACUAGGAUUGGAAAUGAGUGGCCACAAAUUUUUGUGGGUUGUGAGAACUCCAAAUGAGAAGUCAGCAGAUGCGGCAUAUUUUAGUGACCAAGGCCAAAAUGACCCUUUGAGUUUCUUACCAAAUGGGUUUUUGGAAAGGACCAAAGGAAUGGGCCUGGUGAUGCCAUCCUGGGCACCCCAAAUCGAGGUCUUGAGCCACGGCUCCACGGGCGGGUUCUUGACCCAUUGUGGUUGGAAUUCGAUACUGGAGAGCACGGUCCAUGGCGUGCCUCUGAUUGCUUGGCCGCUUUACGCAGAGCAGAAGAUGAAUGCAGUAAUGUUGACGGAAGGAGUAAACGUGGCCUUGAGACCAAAAGUUAACGAAAAUGGCAUAGUGGGUAGAGAAGAAAUCGCAAGAGUUGUGAAGGAUUUGAUGGAGGGAGACGAUGGGACGAAGGUUCGACUCCGGAUGCAGGGGCUGAAGCAUGCCGGUGCCAAGGUUCUGAGUGAAGACGGAUCUUCUUCAAAGUCACUAUCCAAACUUAGCAUUUCGUUUGAAGAAUAACAGGAAUAUUUAGGCUUAUGUCUGGUAGCACUUUCACUUUCUGUUUUCUGUUUUCUUUUUCAGAAUUUUCAAAAACUGGACAUGGAAAUAUGUAUGUAUGUCUAUUUUCAUUUGCAAAAAGAGAGAAUGACUUUCAAAAUUUUUGAAAA